UCCCUGGCUGGAGUUGCAGAUACGCUGCUUUGUUUUCGUUGCUGGGAGGCCGGGACACGAUCAAAUAGUGACACGAAUUGGGGCAGAAUGGAGGGAGGACAGGACGGGAGACAGUGCUGUCUCCUGGGCAAAUAAGUCGUUCGUUAUCAAGGGACGGGGAAAAAGCGGCCGAGGGUGAUGAAAGAUGUGCUGUAAAAAGUCAACGAGGACUAAAAGCCAAAUAGCUGUGACAUGAGAGGAGAAAAAAAAACACAGAUAGACGCAGAGAAAAAGAAGAAGGAGCGGAGAAAGCAGAGUGAGGGAGAGAAAGAAAGAAAGAAAGAAAGAAAGAAAGAAAUAGAAAGAGAGAGAGAGAGAGAGAGAGAGAGAGAGAGAGAGAGAGAGAGAAAGAGAAAGAAAGAAAGAAGAGAAAAAGAAGAGAAUAGAUAAAUUUUAAAAGCUUGAACCGAUUCCGAAUCCUCUGUUUGUUGUAGUGGGACCAGGCACUGCGUCGUCUGCCGUAUUUCUGGUGGAAAGGGCUGCAGUUGUAGGGGAAGCCGUAUAUUAGGACAGAAGCUCGGUCACAGCCAGUGACCUUUGGCUGCCCAGGACCAGAGAAGAAGCACGCAGUAUGUGAGAAGCCUCGGUCAGUCCUUUAUGAGAUCUGCAUAACAAUGAGCGAGAGGGUAUAAGCCGGGAUUUUCCUUCGCCAUCUGCUCAGCGACAUCAGAGGAUGACAAAGAAGUCACAUGGAUGAUGAACUGACCCGGGCUCUGAUUGCUGUAGUUAUAAAUAUGACGUUGGAAAGCGGUUUUAUUUCAAACGCUGUAAGAAGAAUAUAACGAAAUCUGGCCUAGAAGACUUCAAUUCAUUUACAGUCGAGCUGCUUUGACCAAUGUUAUGCCGGCGGUCAGCACCAACCGGGAACAACACUGUCACUUACUGGUUGAACAAUUAACGAACAAAAUUCAUAAAGAGAUACCUAUCUGUAUAUUUCGUCCAUGGGUUGAAGUGUGAACAUGAUGCAAGGGAUUUAGCUACAUGCUUAGGAUCUAGCUACAUGUUCAAGUGAAAGCAACAUAACUUUGUCUUACGUCUGUUUCCAACAGUUCUUGUGAUGUAACGCAAGUGCAGAGAGCGGACGGCCCCUCGCUACCUCCGAUCGAUCCCAGGACCGGACAUCGAUUAUUCAUAAAGCUAAAAUACCUUUUUCACGACGGAUGUGACAUGCUUCGUAUUAUUCGUCUUCCGUUCCGGCUAAAGGCCCCUGGCCAGCGCCCACUACAGCCCUCUUAACUAUGUUUAUUUCCGCCCUCGUAUCCACAGAAUCCAAGAAACACGUCCCACUCAAGGCCGGCGCAGCGCGACAUGCCCAAAUUUGGCUCGUAUUGGGCGGCCGGCGCGCGUGACUGGCCAUACCGAUCCUCUCCAAGGAAGUAUGUUCAGUGGUCUCAGAUAGCCAGCUGGGGCGGAGUGACUGAGGAGACCGCUAUCGCGGCCGCGGACAGUCCUCAGGCACGUGGGGCGGAAUGGGACGCAAUCGGUGGCGAGAGGGGACAGUGGGUGGUCGUCUGAGGACAGCGGAAGUGGACGGUCGGAGACGGACUGAGGAGUUACUUUGAGAAGUUGCUUUCCUUUUGAGAGAUAGCGCUUCGUGGUGGUGGCGAAGGAACGCGACGGUGUUGAAUAGGUCGGACAUAGAGGAGCGAGGGUGUGAUUGAACAGAUGGGUUUCUUCAACGAGCUGUCUGUAACAGGCCUGACAGCGGUGCCGGUGGCACCCGAGCCCGACUAUUCCGACUCUGAAGAGGAGAACCACCAGGCGCGCGCCAACUGCCGGCUGCCCUGCACCACGCCAGAGGGGCUCAUCGUGCCACGCAAACUGGCCAACCCCUGCCUGGAGAGCGCCGACCGCAGGCAGCUGCACCGAGAGCUCAAGUUCAACGCCAAAACCGGCCGCAGCGUUCUGAACCAGAAGAGCGAGCUGCAGCGGGAACUGGAGCGUCGGCGGGAGACCCAGCAGCGGCGCCAGGCCCAGCUGGUGACCGACACCAACCGCAGCAGCUUCGAGCGGGCGCUCGAGGAGCGGCUGAGGCGCGCCGAGCAGCCCCCCGUCCAGAUCGUGGACGACUCCCGGCCACCGUGUGACGUCACACCUGAAUUCAUGAAGGUUCACGCCAAGGUACGAGCGAAUGUCAACACGCUGUCUUGAAGCCAUUGCCCUGAGCUUGGCUGGAGACGGUCUACCGGAGAGGCUAAAACCGAAACUCAGAUCCGCCCAGUGUCACCCCGAGGGGAGCUGCAGAGCUGCCGUAGCUUCAGUUGCAGAGUUACAGAAGCUGCAGUUGCAAAGCUGUGGCAGUAUGCAAAGCUAUAUGUUUCCGGGGAGGACAAUGACUGUAAUACCUAUACCGAAGGCCCGCUCUGGUUCUGAGAUGACUGUGUGUGAUGGCUUAUGACUGUGUAAUGUGUGUAUCAUAACUGACCGUCAGUGAGCUGUCAGUCGGCGUGAGGGUUGUGUUCCCGCUGAGGUCGGGCGGCCCAAAUGCAGCCGAUAGGUGUGCCACAGUCAGAGUGAGGUAUUCUCUCGUAAGACGAUUGAUCGAGCCUGAACGGAUGUCGGGGAGGUGCCUGCAAAGUGUAGAGCCGACAAUAGUCAGUGUGUGGAGUAGUCUCGCUGUUAUACGGGAAAACAUGGCCGCGCUCUCAACAUUCCUUGCGGUUGAUUGAUGUCUGCUAUCGUGAGUCUACGAACAUCCUCUUUCCUCGUAGAUGACCUACCAGCGAACAGACCAGCGUAUGGCACAGUGCGAGCGCCGCUACUAGCCGGGUGAUGUGAUAACUGAUAAGGUUGUGAGAGAUGGAGCCACCAGUACCGAGCCGCCCGAGGAACGCUGGGCCGCGCUACGGCAUUGGCGAGAGCAGGACGAAUGACUCGGCCAGGCGGACCGGUAGGGAGGAGGCCGUGACCCACGACUGAAAUAACAGUGGAAACUGUGAGCUGGUUUGGAUGGACGGGAGAGGGACUGGACGGGAGAAGGGCUGGGACCCAAAACCUCUAUCCGACUACGGCUCCCCUGCGAAUACCCCGAGUACGGAACCAUAAACAAUCUCACAGCUUUACCCAGAAGAAUGAAGGUAUGAACCAAUGCUCCGAUGUGUCAUGUACUCCGUCUUAAUGUGAUGUCAGUUAUUUUUAUGUGCAUUUUCUGUAGCAUUGUGACAGGUAAGUGUGCGGUAUUUGGUUUUGUGUAACGCGAACAAAGCUAUGCUGGAGCUCUAAGAUUGUCCUGAGAGUAACUCUGCUGCUUGCGGUUACAGCUUGUAGGCACUGUGCUAAUAUCGCUUUGUGCGUAUCACGACACCGAAGCUGUUGCGGUUCACCUUUGCUUGCUUCAAUGUAUUGCCAUGUCUUGCGAGCGAUUUAGCAUUGUAUGCAGUUGUAAGUACCGACGUCCAUGUGUAACAUGCAACAAGAACAUAAACAAUAAAAUAUUUCCGUAAUGAUUUCUGAACUGC